UGACCCGGAAAUAAUUGGUCGGCAUUAGCAACGUUUCGGCCGAGACAGGCCUGAAUACUGAGAUAACAGGGGAAAGAAAAACAAGCGGACAGGAAACACGCCGAAGAAAGGUUCUCCCUUUAAGCCUCAUAUUAAUAUUGUGAGGCAAGUGAAAUAAACAGAAUGACCAGCUCCUCGACUCCUAGAAUGCACACAUACAAGAGGACGUCAAGCCCCCGGUCACCAACAAAUACAGGAGAGAUUUUCACACCAGCACAUGAAGAAAAUGUGCGCUUCAUCCAUGACACUUGGCUUUGUGUUUUGAGGGACAUUAAAUCGCCACAAAAUAGUGAACGUAAUGAUCGUGGACCACAGGAGUAUGUGGAGAAAACCCCAAAUCCCAACCUGCAUUCUUUCAUACCAGUUGACCUGAGUGACCUUAAGAAGCGGAACACACAAGACUCAAAGAAGUCUUAGACCAUUUCCCCUUUCUUCUUGAUCCAGCAGUUUUUUUGUCCUCCCCAUGUCAUUUGGGACCUUUUUUACUCAAAACCAAUCUUAUGUCGGCCAACAAAAAGCCACAAGUCGGGAUAUUUGGCCACCUUAGUCCAGAAAGAAUCUCUCUUCUCUGCCUCAUGGACCAGUGGUCUGGACUUACAAACUGAUAUGUAUUUAUGAGUUACAUUUUUAGAAGCCUUUUAAGUGGCCAUUCCAUGUUCAUCCAGGAUCUUUGUUCCUAAAUCCAUGCAUCAAUUUUUUUUGGGACAAAUGAGGAAGAAACCAAGGGCCUGGUGUAAAUUUUUGCUUUAGAUUAUUUCCUGUUCAUGUUCUUUUAUUUUGUAUGUUGAUGAGACUGGCAAAAAACAGUUUACUGCUUAUGCUAUUUGACAGACGCAACACAAACUUUCUCAGAAUGGGAUACAGUCAUUCAUAACCCGAAUGGGGAGUGCUGAAAGGCCAACUGUUCUGUUAGUUUGAUAGAUUGAAGCAUUGUCUGAUAGCACAGGCAAGUUUGGUUCGCCAAAUAUUUUUAGUAGAUAUACCUCCAUUUUUAACUAUGAAUUGAUAACUUGGAGAACUUAAAGUUAACUUUUCCACAUCUUUCGUUCCUAGCCUUUAAAAUAAAGUUAAAAUAAAGAUUACUUUAAUGUUUCCUCUGCUUGAUUGUAAUAUUUUUGUAUAACAUGGCAUCUCUUCAAAUCUAUCCUGAACGUAACACAUUUUAUGGCUUAUUUCAUCUCUGAGGCCGUCUUAAUGGUAGUGUACAAUUUGAAUUUGAUGAAAAUUGCAGAUAAAUGCAUGUAAAAUGUACAGUCCCCCUGUAACAUUUGCUAUAAUAUUGGUUGAACAAAUGUUAAUGACUCUUCUUGCACUCAUGGGUGUAUACAAAUCUUUGUAUGGUAAAAUGUGUCCUAGAAGGAGAAUGUCUAUAAAGGUAUAAAAAAGUGA